UAGGUGAUAUUGCAUUGUUCAGGGUGUCAGAGUGUCUCUCUAUAGACUCAAAUCCUAUAUUGCCGUAGGUGUCAAUGCCAGGCGAUGUUAAACUGAAAGGAGACGGUGAGAAUCAGGAGUGACUGAGAAAUCUGUAUAAUCCAGUGACGAGAGGAAUCGUCAGCAUCGUCUCAUCAGCAGAAAUGUUUCAGCUCACACUGCUGUAACACUUGUCCAUUACUCACCACAGCGCCACCAGUGGUAGGAGGACCAAUGCAAUGGGCGCUGUCUGCUCAAUCUGCCUUGCCAUUCCGUAGAAGCAACAGUCCUGGUCCGGGACACAAGAUUGGUUCCAAAAAGGGAAUUGCCUGCAAUGCAGAGAGUAGAUACCCUGGAGAAUCCUGGUCUAAUGUACAAUGCAUGGAGAGAUCGGAAAUGGACAUUGUGUGACUGUGGGUGAAUGGGCGCAGGUGGAUCAGGCCAUGACAAAGCUUCAGUAGAUCGGCCCAAGAUGUUUGGAAGUGUUUGCCUCCGUUUAAAAACAAAACUGUGUUCUCCUUUAAUUAAUGUCUGACCCUCCUGUUGUUGUUUUGUUUUGUUACAGAACAGUAAAAAUUGAUAACACCUGUCCCCAAAAUGCAUCAAGGUUCCAGCAGUGGAGGAGCUCCAGUGACGUCAACAACGGGAAAGGACACGGGUCCGAGCUCAGUGAUCACCAAGCUCCUGGCAAACUGUGACGAUUCCCAGCUGCUGCGGUUGACGGAAUUCUACAGGGACAGGCUGGAGCAGGCGAUGGAAGGAGGGGUGCACGGAGUGAGCCUGGCGUUAAUGGCCAAGAAUCAGUUCAGUGUACAGGAACAUCGGAAAAUCUCUGAUCUCGCUGAUAAGGGAGAGCGGGCGGACAGUUCUAAACUCCUCCUGAGCCUGGUGAUGGAGAAAGGCUCCCGCGCUCGGAGGGUGAUGUGGGAAACCUUUGUGAAAAUGAGGAUUGGUGUUCCAGAGAUGGACAAAAUACUGAAGGAAAUACAGGAACAUGGUUGUGAUCCUUCCCAUCAACCAAUUCCCGCUCAACAUUUACUAAAGGUUCUCAGUGAGCUGGAAGAUCUGAGAGUGAUCACCGAGCUCCUGGCAAGCUGGGACGAUUCCCAGCUGCUGCGGUUGAUGGACUUCUACCGGGACAGUCUGGAGCAGGCGAUGGAAGGAGGGGUGCACGGAGUGAGCCUGGCGUUAACGGCCGAGAAUCAGUUCAGCGGAGAGGAACAUCGGAAAAUCUCUGAUCUGGCUGAUAAGGGAGAGCGGGCGGACAGUUCUAAACUCCUCCUGAGCCUGGUGAUGGAGAAAGGCUCCCGUGCCCGGAGGGUGAUGUGGGAAUCCUUUGUGAAAAUGAGGAUUGGUGUCCCAAAGUUGGACAAAAUACUGAAGGAAAUCCAGAUUUAUGGUUGUGAUCCUUCCCAUCGACCAAUUCCCGCUCAACUUUUACUAAAGUUUCUCAGUGAGCUGAAAGAUGUCCAACAGAAACACAAGGAGACUCUGCGGGCACAAACUGAAACACUGAGAGUGAACACGAUCCUGAUGAGGGAGAAGGUGAAGGUUUUCCAGCUGGUUGAUCGAUACGCUGAGCUCACGGUCAUUUCUACUGUUCGAGACCGGCUAAUGGUGGAACAUGAGCUGCUGGCAAGAGGCAGAGACCACGAGGAGUGGAGAGAAAAACAUCUCUGCGGAGAGCUGGAGAAACUCCAGAUGGAUCAGUUGUUCCAGAGCAGCUUUUCCCAAACUAACUCCAAAUCUGGGAGUUCAGCAGCAGUGGCCGGAGUCCCAGGGAUCGGGAAAACAACAAUGGUACAAAAGAUUGUUCAUGACUGGGCCACAGGGAAAAUAUACCAACAGUUCCAGUUUGUCUUCAGUUUCAAAUUCCGCGAUUUAAACACCAUUAACUGCAGAAUAAACCUGAAAGAACUGAUCCUGAAUCAGUAUCCUUACUUUGGGAAUAUCCUGAGAGAGGUCUGGAAGAACCCAGAGGGAUCGCUGUUUAUAUUCGAUGGUUUGGAUGAAUUCAAUGACCAAAUUAAUUUUUCUGACAGUCGGAGAGACACGGAAACUCGGUGCACGUGCACAGAUCCUGAAUACAAGUGCAAGGUGUCUGACAUUCUGUACAGUUUAAUCCAGCACAAGCUGCUCCCAGGGUGUUCAGUGCUGGUGACCACCCGUCCCACUGCGUUACAUUUAUUGGAAAAGGCUGAGAUCGGUACCGAAGCUGAAAUCCUGGGAUUUUCAGGUGAGGAACGGAAGGAAUAUUUCAUCAAACAUUUUGAAGAUCAGACGGUGGCGGAAGCUGUUUACAAACACGUGGAGGAGAAUGAGAUCCUGUACACCAUGAGCUACAACCCCUCCUACUGCUGGAUCCUCGCUCUGGCACUGGGCCCCUUUUUCACACAAAGAGUCAGGGACCCACAGCUAGUUCCCAAGACCAUUACCCAACUGUACUCCUACUACAUUUACAACAUCCUGAAAAACCAUGGCCGUGAGAUUGAGAACCCCCGUGAUGUGUUACUCAGGGUUGGUCAGUUGGCCUUCAGAGGAGUGUCCGAGAGGAAGAUUGUGUUUACAGAUGGAGAUUUGAUCAACUACAAUCUGCAGCCUUCCCAGUUCCUGUCCGGGUUCCUGAUGGAGCUUUUGGAGAGAGAGGAUUCUGCCCGGAGCGUGGUGUACACAUUCCCACACCUCACCAUCCAAGAGUUUGUAGCUGCAGUCGCACAAUUCCUGAUCCCAGAUGGCAGAGAUAUCAUGAAACUCCUCACUGAAGCCCACUGUGUGAAGGAUGGGCGAUUUGAGGUAUUUCUCCGUUUUGUUGCUGGUCUCUCCAACCCAGUGACAGCUCGGGGCCUGGAGGAGUUUCUGGGUCCAUUUCCCAAUGAAACAACCUGCCGGGUGAUUGACUGGGUGAAGGAGGAGGUUAAACGCCAGAGUGGAAACACAGAGAGUAAAGCUGGUAAUAGGAGCCUCCUGAACACAUUGCACUACCUGUUUGAGUUUCAUAAUCGUGGACUGGCUCAGGCCGCACUGGAAUCUAUGGAAACACUUUCAUUCUGUGGAAUGACACUGACCCCGAUUGACUGCGCGGUCCUGUCUCAUGUCAUCGGACUCUGUGAUACAAUAAAACACCUCGACCUGGAGUACUGCCUCAUUCAAAGUGAAGGAAGCCAGCGACUGGGACCCGGGCUGCACAAGUGCCAGGAUUUGAGACUUGCGGGGAAUGAACUGGGAGAUUCAGGAGUGAAACUGGUUUCUGCGGCUCUGAGGAACCCGGAGUGUAAAAUACGGAAACUGGGGUUGGACAAUGUCGAUCUUACAGUUUCUGGCGCUGAGAAUCUUGCCUCCGCUCUCGGAACAAACCGAUCACUGAUGGAUUUGAACAUGGAUCGUAAUAAACUGGGAGAUACAGGAGUGAAACUGGUGUCUGUGGCUCUGAGGAACCCGGAGUGUAAAAUACAGAAACUGGGGCUGAGAGAUAUCAGUCUCUCAGAUUCUGGUGUCGAGGAUCUCGUCUCCGCUCUCAGAACAAACCCAUCACUGACGGAGCUGGAUCUGAGUGAAAAUAAACUGGGAGAUUCAGGAGUGAAACUGGUUUCUGCGGCUCUGAGGAACCCGGAGUGUAAAAUACAGAAACUGCUGCUGUACAAUGUCGGUCUCAGGGAUUCUGGCGCCGAGGAUCUCGCCUCCGCUCUCAUUACAAACCCAUCACUGACGGAGCUGGACCUGGGAUUAAACUCACUGACAGACCGAUCUGUCCCCGCUCUCCGCCGCCUCAUAUUGACCCUCCCGAGUCUGGAGCGGAUCUGGCUGCACUGGAAUCGGUUCAGUCCAACAGGAGAGAGGGAACUGAGAUCACUGCAGGAACCCAGACCAGGACUGAGAGUGGAGUUGUGAAGAUCUGAAUGUGUGAACAGCCCUGCUCGCUGGAUGAGGACAUGUUGGCCGAUUUCCUGCAAUACACGUUUACUUUCUAACUGUUCUAACAGAUCCUGGCUUCAGCCGAGCUCUCUGUGAUCUCAGAGGCGGUGCCGCAGUGACAUGAUUCCGCGUCCUAUCCAGUUCACACAUUCCUUAAUUUGCAUUUGUCAUGAUGAAAUCAAUAAACCGCUGUAACUUCCUGCA